CAGCUGGUAGUCGCUUGGUACAAGCAGGUACCAAUACUACCAACAGGAAAUUGUAGCAGUAGACACUUUUUACUAAAGUGGCUCCAAUGUUAUCAGUCCUCCCACGCAGGGUAUGGCCACCUCGUGUUUCAGCGAUUUAAUAAUAAUAUUAUUGUAAUUAAAACUAGCAAUGUGGACGAGUAUGGAUUUGAAAGGCCUCAAGAUUUUGACUAUGGAACGUACGAAGAAUUCAUGUCUGAAUACCUGAAAGUGCUGGCUAAGAGAGCGAAAAAAUGGGCUGACAUUACUGGAGAAGGAAAAUCACUGGAACGUAGUAUCACUGUGAAAAGAUAUGUACGAAAAGGAAUUCCAGGAGAGUACAGAGGAAUGGUGUGGUUGGCUGUAAGCGGAGGCGAGGACUUGAAAAAUGCAAACCCAGACCUGUACCAGAGAUUACUGAACGGGCCUCACAAUCAACAGGUUACUGAGAUUAUAAAGACUGAUCUCCCGAGGACCUUUCCUGAUAAUAUAUUUUUUAAUAACACUGUCAAUCAUCAGCACCAGCUAUAUAAUAUUUUGCUAGCUUUUGCACACCAGAAUGAGACUGUAGGCUACUGCCAGGGUCUCAAUUACAUUGCGGGAUUGCUAUUGCUUGUCACCAAGAGUGAAGAAACUGCGUUUUGGCUGCUUAAAGUAUUAAUUGAAAAGAUACUCCCGGAUUACUACACGCCGACGAUGGACGGGCUGCUCACGGACAUUGAUGUACUAGCUGAGCUAGUUAAGCUCAAGAUACCUGAAACAACUCUUAGGAUAUGGGACUGUCUUUUUUAUGAAGGCAAUAAAAUAAUAUUUCGCGUUGCUUUAACACUUAUUAAGAGGAAUAGAAGUAAUCUGGUGGCCUGUGAUGAUUUUGCGUUAUUGGCUGAUUGUUUUAAAGGGAUUACUAAAGAUAGUAUAGUGUUACAAUGUCACAAUUUUAUGCAGAGUAUUUUUAAAGUACCUGGAUCAUUACCUGGUAAUACAAUCGCAAAAUUGCGGACAAAAGUAUCUCAGGAACGAGCGAAGAACAAGAAAACAAAUUUAAAACGAUAG